AUGGCUGCCAUCCGUAAGAAGCUGGUGAUCGUGGGGGAUGGCGCAUGUGGGAAGACGUGUCUGCUCAUCGUGUUCAGUAAAGACCAGUUUCCUGAGGUCUACGUACCCACAGUGUUCGAGAACUAUGUCGCAGAUAUUGAGGUCGACUGCAAGCAGGUGGAGCUGGCACUGUGGGACACAGCUGGGCAGGAGGACUAUGACAGGCUCCGCCCCUUAUCUUAUCCCGAUACUGACGUCAUCCUGAUGUGCUUCUCCAUAGACAGUCCUGACAGUUUGGAAAACAUUCCUGAGAAGUGGACACCAGAGGUAAAGCACUUCUGCCCCAAUGUUCCCAUAAUCCUUGUGGGCAACAAGAAGGACCUACGCAACGAUGAGCACACACGCCGGGAGCUGGCCAAGAUGAAGCAGGAGCCCGUGAAGCAAGAGGAGGGGCGGGAGAUGUCCAACCGAAUCAAUGCCUUCGGCUACCUGGAGUGCUCGGCCAAAACCAAGGAUGGAGUGCGGGAGGUGUUUGAGAUGGCCACCCGGGCAGCGUUGCAGGCCAAGAAGCGCUGCAAGAAGAAUCCCUGCCUCCUGCUAUAG